GCUUCUCUAAAAGAGUCUAUCAAGGGUUUGAGGGACAGCUGCUGUGAGUUCCCUUCCUGCGGAUAAAGAUGGACCCUGCGGCUGUGCGCGUCCUCCAGACCAUGCUGGUGCUGAUGAUUUUGCCCCCUGUCACCUCUGUCUCCUGCCCCCGGCCCUGCUCCUGCCCCCAGCCCACUGAGCUCCACUGCACGUUCCGCUCACUCAACACCAUCCCAGACGCUGUACCUAAAUACGUGAAGCGCAUGAACCUGGGAUUCAACAGCAUUCAUGAGAUCACAGAUAAAUCACUGCUCGGUCUUCAGAAGUUGGAGCUCCUGAUGAUUCAUGGAAACGAUAUCCACUCUCUACAUGACGGAGUGUUCAGGGACCUUGCGUCACUGCAGAUGUUGAAGAUCAGCUACAACAAGCUCAAGGAGGUCAACAGACAUACCCUUCAGGGUCUGUGGUCUUUGGCCAGGUUACACUUGGACCACAAUCGACUGGAGUUUAUCCACCCUGAUGCCUUCCAGGGUCUCACCUCCUUGCGACUGCUGCAGCUGGAAGGCAACCAGCUUCAGCAGCUGCAUCCAGCAACAUUCACCACCUUCACUCUCAUGGGCCAGUUCCACGUGUCCACUCUUAGGCACCUCUACCUGUCAGACAACAUACUUACAUCGCUGCCGUCUGGGCUGGUGGCGACCAUGUCUCAGCUAGAAAAUCUGUACCUCCAUGGGAACCCGUGGACCUGUGACUGCAACAUGAAUUGGAUCCAUGACUGGGAUAAAACUUCACCAGGUGUUUUGAAAUGUAAAAAGGACAGGGCCCUUCCUGGUGGCCAGCUGUGUCCGAUGUGUUUAUCUCCCAUGCACCUCCAGAAGAAAGAGCUCACGGCUCUGGAGAACCUGGUCUGCAGCAGCCCAGUCAUCCGUUUUCCUCACAGGACUUCCCCACCCGAGGACACUGAAACAGAGGUCUUGACCACAGAGAACUUCAGGGAACCAUUUGGAAACAUCUCCCUGGGCCUGUCUGAUGAACAUGGGAAUGAGGUGGAUCUGGAGUGUUGUGUUGGCAUGCCAAGAAAUAUUACCAGGAUCAACUGGGAGCAGGUCAACCAGCUCCAGCUGGCCUCCAAUAUCACUUUUUCAGUGGAUCUUGAAUGUGCUGUUGAUAGAGAAAAGUAUGAGCGACUGUGGAGGCUAAUUGCUUACUACAGCAGUGUGCCAGCCCACUUAAAAAGGGGAACCAUGCUCAGCAAAGAACCUCAUCCAACCUAUGUCUAUAGACAGGACUCUGAGAAGGAUGCCCUUUACUAUACAGGCAUAAAAAUGAAUGUCAUGGCCCAGCCGGCAUGGUUGAUGCAAACAUCUGCUGACCUUCAGCUGAACAGACUUCAAUCAUCAGCCAAGAAAGUAAAAUUGAUCAUCAGCACAGACCUCUCAGAGAAAGUGGAGGUUGAGCAGUUGCGGAGAGAAAAAAUGAAAUGGGUCCUAAUUGAGUCAACAAAUUCAACUCGUAAAGUGCUAAGUGCUAUCCUGGGAAGUCAAAAUCAAAUGAACUGUAAUGUGCACAGUUCUGGGCAAGCAGUAAUUCACUGGAUGCUACCAAAUGGCUCCAAAGUGAAGGCCCCGUACAGCAGCCAAGACAAUAGGGUGUCUGUGUCCAGUAAUGGAAGGCUGGUCAUAAAAUCUGUCAGCCACACAGACACAGGAAUUUACUACUGCAUUGCCAAUGUUCAUGGAGACCUGGCUGUUCUGUCAUUUCAUCUAACAGUGCAGGAAUCUUCCAACCCUCCCCCCGGAGAGGAUUCCUCAAUUACACCCACAGAGGUAGUUGCAGGGAGCCCCAUUUCCCUACCUUGCACGACAUCUGCCUCCCCUGAUGCUGAAGUUAACUGGAUUCUCCCAAGCAACAACAUUGUUCGUCAUCAAGACAUAUCCCUCCGAGCUUUGGUGUAUUCCAACGGCACUCUACAUAUCCCACAGGCUCAGUUGUUAGACAGUGGCUAUUAUAAAUGCAUUGCCCUUAAUCAACAUGGUGUGGACACAGUGGCUGCAAAAGUUACUGUUAUCAGGCGCAAUGGGCUCAUAAGGCCUUUGAGGAGGUUUCCAGCAAGACCUCAGUCAGCCUCAGGGGUCAACACAUACAUACAUCCAGAGGAGGCGUCAGGGGACGUUGAGAUUACUCAAGAAAUGUCGCGAGUUAACCGACAAGAUAUUGCGAGAAGAAGAAUUCCAGCAGGUGUGGCUCCAGGGAGGAGGGGCAUCCAUCCAUCAAAGACUAUUGGGCAGAGGCCACCAGUGCUUCGAAAACCAACAGAAUCGCAUGUUGAAGACAGGAAACAUAUAGUUGAGAGCAAGAGGAGAAUUAAUGUGUCAAAGAGUAAAAUAGACCCAGAGAAAUGGGCUGAUAUUUUGGCAAAGAUUAGAGACAGAAAUAGUCAAAAUACUGUAACAUCACUACCAGUUCAGUACACAACAGAGAGGAGACAGAUAGAGCAGACAACACAGCGACAAGAAAUGAUUGAAGGGUCAUCAGAUGGCCUGACUGUGCAGGAGAAAGCGAGCCAAGAUUACCUAACAACACCACACGUUCCAGUACAACAUACGCAAAUGGAAACUGGUAAACACAACAGACAAAGUCAGGGAGCCCAUGUCACAUCUAACAGUCAGCACGGACACAUCAUACAUGCUACAACACAGUCACAGACAAUGCAGACCACAUACAACAUACCGCGCACAACCCAUGACACAAACUUGGAUCAAUACAUAACUUCAAACAGCGUAUUUUCCCUCUCACAGACCCCAUCUGAUCCCCUACAUGCCACUGUCUGGCAGGGGAACACAAACAGUGCAAGCAGCAGCACAAUGUCUCCAGGAGAGAACUAUAGCACAGAUACAGAUGUUAAUGCAGUCGAAACAGCUGAUUGGACCCACGCAUCUGAGAGGAGUGAGAAUACAAAUAGACCGAAUGUUGUUGACAGCUCUAAUAAUGAUGGAGAGCAUUCUUCCAGUGGAACUAAAAUCAUCAAUUUAGUCAACCAAAAUGAAUCAGAGACAAGCCAAGGAGAAAGUGGAAAAUAUCUUCGAGAGACUACAACAAUAUCCGAACUGUAUACUCAGUCAGAGAACACAACACUUGAUAAUUUGCACUCUCAAGCAAUGCUUACGACCGCAUUUGUAACAACUACCCUUGUGCCCACCACAACAAGCAGUUCGACUGAAGCACAGCUCCUGCGCCUCCACCAGCCUAACUCCCGGAGAAGGAAUGGGAAUCGGAGAAAAAAACCAAACAGAAGAAAACAGAAGCUGAAUGAACCCACCCAGUUUACUGCCACCACACCUGUAAAUGCUUCACUCGCAACAGUCAGGACGACUGCCUCCACACCGCUAAAAAUAGAACAAUUAGAAGUUACAAAAGCCAAAUUCAAUACCACUGUUCCAUUCACCAGCGGCCAAGCAGCGUCAUCAGGGAGACUGAGUCAUAAAGAAAACACAGUCUCCAGGCAUGACAUCGAGCCAGCCACCAAACCCUCCUCGCUGCCAACUUCUCUCCCCAAAACUAAGGACCCCCUUCAACCCCUUGCCAAACCACCAUUCAAAAGCACAUCAGCAGCACCAUUAUUUCCAACAGCUUCUCCAGCAGUGGGUCAUGGAAAGACAAGUUCUCAAACAGCCUUGAGAGUCUCGGAGAAUGCAUCUCUAGAGCACUUUGAUAUGCUCACAUUAACGACUUUGCAGACAUUUACAGGCAGACCUUUUCCAACUUCUAGACUUUUAGAGACAGUUGGAGCGAGUGUUACAGGAGACCUUAGACAUGUGCCAUUUUCUAACAAUUCCUCUGUGGAUUUUCAGACAAUUAAAGUGCAAACAGAUGCCAAACAAUACACAUCCAUUGAAGUUGAUAAUGCAAAGAUGCUUGAGAAAGAAUCUGGGAUGCAUUUUUCACUGCUGCCAUCUCAAACUGCCUCAUCUGCUCCCUUGAUUGAGCAUGCAACUUCUGAAUACACUUCUAGUGACAUAACUACAACUCCGAGUUUGCUUUUUGAGGGUCGUUUGGAGACAGAACCGGUUACAAAGAGAUAUAAUCGUCCCAGUCAACAUAACACCCCAAGCAGUGAAUCAGAGGUAGAAACUGCAAAUACUGUGAAUCCCUCUAUCGCAAGUACCACCAUAACAACAGCUCCCCCUGCUACCGCAUCAAGUCCUGAUCCUUUGAGCCCAUCCAAAGAGGAGUUACAUGCCACAACACCCAAAACAUAUUCCAAAGGAGUUAACAUAGGACCAAAGACCACUGCCCAGGAUGGCCCUAUGAUCACGCACAUUCAAAACCAGCAAAUCAAACCUAUCAUUACCACAUCAGAGCCUUGGGGAAAAUCAGACUACCAUUUUGCAACCCAGUCACCUGACCACAAUCUGACAUCGUUUGCCUUAAAACCCACCAGUGGGCAAAUACAUAAACAGGCCACUCCUACACCAGCAAUUACCGCAAUCCAAACUAAUCAAUUUUGGGAGAAACUGUUUACGAAUACUCAGGAUGUGUCCAGAGUGCACCAGCUACCUGGAAGAGGAUCUGUUUCAAGAGGGAAGCCGAGGAUAUCUAAGAGCAAUUUCCAAACGUUCACAGUGAAAGCUGAAACAGAUGCUCAACUUCCUUGUGAGGCUGAGGGAGAGCCAAAGCCGUUCCUGUCAUGGACUAAAGUUGCCAAUGGGGCAAGUAUUGCGCAGAACACCAGGGUUCACAGGUUUGAGGUCCAUCCAAAUGGUACAUUAAUCAUCAAGAACACACAGCGCAUGGAUGGGGGUCAGUACCUGUGCACGGUCCAGAAUCAUUAUGGUACAGACAAAAUGGUGGUCAACCUUGUGGUCCUGGUUCAGCAUCCUCGGGUGCUCCAGCCUCGGAACAGAGACAUGACAGUGCAUCUAGGUGGCAAAGUGGAAUUGGAGUGUCAAGUAGAGGGGCACCCUAUGCCUAAAGUUAUAUGGUUGCUCCCUAACCAUGUUCGCAUAGCUGCUGGUAUGCCCCUUCAGCAGCGUGUGGCUGUCUUGGGCAAUGGAACCCUCCGGAUCAGCCAGGCCAGUUACACAGACAGAGGUAUUUACAAGUGCAUUGGCAGCAGUGCAGUUGGAACUGACAGUGUCUCUGUCCACCUUUAUGUGACAGCAUUGCCACCAUUUAUUCAACAGACACAAAAUGAAAACCUUACCCUUCCAGAGGGCAGCAAUGUGUACAUCCACUGUACCGCCACAGGUGUCCCUCAACCUGUCAUUCAGUGGAUCACACCUGAUGGCGUACAACUCACUGCUUCCCAGUUUUUUGCUGGACACAACCCCUUUGUCUUUCCUAAUGGGACCCUCCACAUAAAGGGAUUGGGCCCGGGAAAUGCUGGGACAUAUGAGUGCUCAGCUAGUAAUGCAGUGGCAUCCAGCAGGAGAACUGUGAUCUUGAUUGCAAAGAAGAAUCCAUCCUCUUCCAAGGCCAGUAUCACUUCAUCAUCCCCCCAGAGAACAGAUGUGAUCUAUGGAAGAAAUGUGUUGCUAAACUGUGUGGCAACAGGAGAGCCAAAUCCCUGGAUCAUCUGGAGGACACCCUCUAAGAAGCUGGUGGAUUCUCAGUACAGUUUUGACCCCAGGAUUAAGGUCUUCCCCAACGGCACUAUAACCAUUCAUUCUGUGACUGACAAGGACAGUGGUGACUACCUGUGUAUGGCACGCAACAAGCUAGGUGAUGACUAUGUUCUGCUGCGGGUCACUGUACUGACAAGGCCAGCCAAAAUUGAACAGAAGCGGCAGCGAUCCAGUCAGGAGGUGAUGUACGGGGGAGACUUAAAGGUUGACUGCGUGGCGUCUGGGCUCCCCAACCCUGAGAUCAGCUGGGCACUGCCGGAUGGCACCAUGGUCAACCCAGUGAAACAGAGAGACCAUGUCAGUGGAGGACGCAGUCGCAGGUAUCUGGUGUUUGACAAUGGGACGCUGUAUUUCAAUGAUGUUGGUAUGCCAGAAGAAGGGGACUACACGUGUUAUGCUGAUAACCAAGUUGGCAAAGAUGAGAUGAAGGUCAGAGUUAAGGUUAAGGUUGCAACUCCUCCACCACAAAUCGUGGAUAAAGAUCAAAAGAUUGUCCGGGUUUUCUAUGGUGAGACCGUUACACUUAGAUGUAAUGCCAAAGGGGAACCAAUGCCUGUCAUCACAUGGAUUUCCCCUACAAAUAAAUUCAUCUCCUCCGCAUUAGACAAAUAUCAGGUCCUGGAUGAUGGGACAUUAGUGGUUCAAAAGGUCCAACGUUUUGAUGGAGGUAACUACACCUGCAUAGCCAGGAACAAUGUAGGACAAGACCAUAAAGUCAUCAGGCUGGAAGUGCUAGUAACACCUCCAACGAUCAAUGGCCUAAUAGAACCUGCCAGUGCUGUCAAGAUAACUGCUGUCAAGGAUCAGCAGAAACUGAUUAACUGUGUCGCAAAGGGAACACCUACCCCUCGCGUCAUGUGGGUUCUAACAGGAAACGUGAUCCUUCCUGCACCGUACUACAGCAACAGAAUGACAGUUCAUCAGAAUGGUACCUUGGAAAUCCGGUCAAUCAAGAGGACAGACUCUGGGCAACUGGCUUGUAUCGCACGGAAUGAAGGAGGAGAGGUCAGGCUGGUGGUCGAUUUGGAUGUAAAAGAGGUUGUUGAGAGGCCACAAAUUCGAGGUCCCAAAACACAUAGCCUAUCACUGACUGUGGGGAAUGCCAUGACUUUGAAUUGCUCCGUUGAGGGCUCAACACUCCCUCACAUCACUUGGAUUCUACCCAAUGGCAUACCAUUGCUAAGUGGUGCUCGAUUCUCCAAGUUUUUCCAUCAGCCUGAUGGAUCUCUGAUCAUCAGUAAUCCAUCUGUUGGGGAAGCUGGUAUGUACCGCUGUCUAGGGCAUAAUUCUGGAGGGCUUGUGGAACGAACAAUCACACUGUCCCCAGGAAUAAAACCAGAGAUCAACAACAGAUACAACUCUCCUAUUAGCAUCACGAAUGGGGAAAUACUAUUGCUACAUUGUCAAACCAAUGUCAAACCCGUCAGACUAACAUGGACACUACCUAGUGGGGUUGUCCUCAAUAGACCACAGAGAGCUGGACGAUACUCUGUACUGCCCAAUGGGACGCUUGCAAUCCAACAAGUAUCAGUCUAUGAUCGGGGAUCCUAUACAUGUCGAGCUGCAAAUGAGUACGGAAGUUCUCAGCUUUCUGCAUCAGUAAUUGUGAUCGCAUACCCACCUCAAAUUACAAAUGGCCCUCCCUCUGUCACCUAUGCUAAACGUGGAGUUGCUGUGCAGCUGAACUGUGUAGCAAAAGGGAUUCCAAGAGUGGAGGUUGCAUGGGAAACACCUGAAAAAACCCGCUUGGCUGUCAGUGCACAGCCACGCCUUUUUGGAAACAAGUACCUCCAUCCACAAGGUUCCCUCAUUAUUCAGAACCCGACACAAAAAGACACUGGUAUCUACCGCUGCACAGCCAGGAAUGCCAUUGGCGUAGACUCUAAAGUAACUUUUCUCAAUGUGUACUGACGAAUUUCACUGUUCAUCAUGGUCAUUCUGUCUUUGUUUGCCCAAGCAACUGCCUAGUUAAAAGCAGCUAAUGUUUUUAAUGAUCCAAAUGUAAAAACUGCUGUCACCAUGAUGAAACAAUGAGAUGAUUAAAAGCUUGUAGUGCUGUUCUGAAUGUGUAUAGAGGUCAAAAGUUUAUGGUAUUUGGUGCUAACUAUAUAUCCCCCGUUUUGUGCAUAUUCCAUAUCCCUGGGAAAUAUCAAUGUCCUCCGUUGUGCAAUUUAGCUUGAGGCUAAUGACUUGUAUCAUCCCCUCAGACAUUAUUGGUCUUUACCUAAUGUGUCCACGUUACUGGAAAUAACAAUGUAAUAGCAUGAAUAGUUGUAGUUACAGUUUGCCAUCAUCAAGCUUGUUACAGUCUUGACAAGCAAAGUCAGAUAGUUCUGUUAUUAGAUAACGUGAGAACAAUUACACACUUAUUUAAUCAUCACAAAGUACAGUUUUAUACACCAAAUAGCACUUGUUUGGUGUUAUCUUGUCUACCGUGUAGUAAAUUAAUUUGGGACCCUAUUUGAUGAAUAAAAUCUUCUUCAGUGACAUUUAUUCAUAUUUUUCCCAAAAAGAAUCAGGAAAUACUGACUGGAGUUAACAAUUUGUCCGUAAACAAAGGAAAAGUAAUUCAUUGGAAGCUGGUAUCAUAUCUACAUUUGAUUCCGGUUGUGUUGUUAAGCACUAAAUGUACUGGUGUGUAGGUUCAAAACACCAGUCCCAGAUGCAGCUGAGUGUAGGAAAUCCGGAUUGCCCUCACGAUCAUAGUUGAGAUAUGAGGCAAAUGACCUGCUAAACCCCAUCCUUUCGACCGAUCUCGCCAUUUUAUGACACAAUAAUAUCAUCUCAGUCUCAGGUGUUGAUAGCAGUAAAAUUUAGAGAGUCAAUGUAAUUUUACUGCUCUUCGUAGUAUGCAAAUUAGAUAAUAAUUCCAUCAUAGUGGCCUUUAUUGUCCUCUGCCUUGCCUUUGCUAAUUUAUGGAAUAAAUUUAGGUGUAUUUCAAUUUCAAGCCAUACAGGCUCUCUGCUAAAUUGCUGCCUUUCAAAGUUCUUACUUUCUUGGCUUUUAUUUAAAGUGCCACCAUCACACCAAGUAAAUUUUCUCAGGAAGCAUUAACCCAUAAUUAUCCAAUUAUGUGUGGAGUUUCAUGAGUCUAGCUUGUUCAUGCUCAUGAGAAAUUGAGCAAUGGCACAAAAUUUACAGCUAUUGACAAACAGGCUACACUUACAUUCAGCGAUCAAUAAUGCACUUUGGAUCUCACUAAACAAGGCAUAUUAGAGCAAAAUUGAUAUUGUCCAUGUGGGAAGGUACCAUUGACUCUUAACACUCAAGUGUUCACAUUAAAACAAUUGAUUAUUUGGCUCUGCUGCAUCCUGAGCAGUAAAUGAACCUUUGUUGGCAUUGUACAGUUGCUUCUGAUAAUGGCAAAUAAUGGCAAGCUUCGUCUAACUAGGAAAUAUUGUUUAACUUAAUUACAGAACUAAUUGAAAAUGUGUAAAUGUAGCUGGGAUUGUCUGUUUUAAGACCUUAUUUGAGAUAAUGAUUAAUAUCCUGUGCCUUUCCAUUAUCUGAGUCAGUUAUUUUAAUAAUGUUUUCAUCCUAUUUUCAGCAAGUUCUGUGCCCUCAUUUAUUAAUAAUGUCUUUGUCACGAACUGCAAUUUUCCCAGAGUUUAAUAUAAGAUUUCCACUCCUUUCUACUACUUGUACCCAAAAACAAAAACGUUUUUUAUUGCAGAGGCAGGUACAGUUAUUCAUAAGUGAGUAUAUUGUUUUGAAAAUAAAUUAAAAAA